AAUCCCUUAACGUUCAAUCUGACACACCUACACUUGCCUCCAUUCACUGGGAAGCAGGAGCCUUCUGUUUAAGUCGUUUGGCUCUUGAUGCACUGAGACAGUUGUUUCUAUUUAGUCACACCUGCAGUAGCUGAGACUGACCAGGAAUGUACAGAGCACCAAACACACAGGGACUGUAAGAGUUUAUGGGGAGCAGCAGGAAACAGGCCCUGUCCACCACCAGCACUUGCCAACUGACAUUCCUCAGGGACACGAGAGAGGAUGAUGAGUAACUGCAGCAACUUACUUUCUGCAAGAGCAUUCCCUAAAGGGUCUCUUCCAUUUUCUUUCAGAACAUGCAAGAGGCGUAGUUUUGGUUAAUGUGGGUUUAGUCACCUUUGCGGAUUAAUGUGCUUGUUCCGUGGUAUAUCCCCCUUGGUAAUCUGAAGCAGAACAAUUUAGUGGCAGGGACACACAAACAUAUCCAUACUGUAAACAUCUAAAUGGCUGCAUAGACAGAAGCAAAAAGAUUCCCAAGUACUCUGAGGUCUCUAGGUGGGGUCCCCUGCAUAUCACUUCCCUCACCUAUAUCUUUUGCCAUGCAUUGUGCCAAUGACAGCACAGUGCACACUUUUAAAAACACCCCCUCUUGUAGAUUUCUUUUGUUUGGAUAACAUUUUCUAAUUUUCUUUCUCCUGUAUUAACAGUCAGUUGGUCGAUUUAUUGACAUGCCUACCUUUUCUGUUUGUACAGUGUUGUGUUUGUUUAAAAGCAGAGAGAGAUUUGCAUUUUUAAGAACUAGAGAAGCUAGCAGAAUUGCAGUUGAAAGCGUUUGGCCGGUUUCUUACGUUGUGUCACGUGUGACUGUUUUUUUGACAGCCCAGUAUUUUAAAGCCAGGAUAACAUCGGGCACCGGCUGCUUCAGAAACAUGGCUGGAAGUUGGGGCAAGGCCUUGGCAAAACCAUGCAGGGUCGCACCGACCCUGUGCCCAUCAUCCUCAAAUAUGAUGUCAUGGGGAUGGGACGGAUGGAGAUGGAGCUGGACUAUGCAGAGGACGCCACAGAGAAGAGAAGAGUGCUUGAAGUGGAGAAGGAGGAUACAGAAGAACUGCGGCAAAAAUACAAGGACCAGAUGGAAAAAGAGAAAGCUAUUGCAAAGGCUCUGGAAGACCUGAGAGCCAACUUCUACUGUGAGCUAUGUGACAAACAGUACACCAAACACCAGGAAUUUGACAACCACAUCAACUCUUAUGAUCACGCUCAUAAGCAGAGGCUUAAAGAGCUGAAGCAGAGAGAGUUUGCUCGUAAUGUGUCAUCCCGUUCGCGGAAACAUGGAAAGAAGCAAGAAAAGAUGCUGCGCCGGCUGCAUGAGCUGGCUGAGCAGAGGAAACUACAGGACAUUACUCCAGGAAGUGGGCCCAUGUUCAAAACUACCACAGUGGCUGUGGAUGGAGAGAAUGCAGAAGAUGGCGACAACAUGACACCUGAGAACACUGCUUUGACAGAGUGUGCCCUGGAAGGAUCAGUGGCAGAUAAAACUGAGCAAGCCUCACCGAAGCCAGGCCCUACCAUCAGCUUUUCUUUGGGGAAGAACAGCUCUUCCUCCCCAACUCCUAGUGGUGCAUCCAAAGUCAGUGUGUCUUUCUCUUUUGCCAAGAAAGCCCCAGUAAAGCUGGAGACAGCAGCAGCAGUGUUUGCUGAUCAUGGAGAGGAGGCUAUGGAGGAAGAGGAGAUCCAGGAGGGAGAAAAGGCUGGAGGGCAAGAAGACACAUCUGGCUGCAGCACAGACAGCUCUAAGGGAGGUGAAGGAGGAGGUGAAGGGGGCGACGGCAGUAGUGUGGCAGGGACGGAAGAGGUGCAGCAGCCUGAUGAUGGAGCCUCUCUAGCCUCCACUCUCAACAAACUGAAGAUGAUGAUGAAAAAAGAGGAAGGGUAUGCUGGACAGGAGCCUCAGUACUAUCACUAUAUACCUCCAGCUCACUGCCGGGUGAAGCCUCACUUCCAGUUUUUGCUGUUUAUGAAAGCCACUGAUCAGUGUCCGAGCAAAGAAGAGGAAGACGAGGAAGAGGGGCAGGAGGAGAAAAAGGUUGAAGACAGUUCUGAACAGACAGUACCCAACAUUACAGAGGCCACGACUGAAAAAGAACAUGGUAAUAUCUCUCCAACCCCUGACCCAGCGCCAACUCCUCCAUUGCCAAAAUUGAAGACAGAGGAUGUCACUCCAUGUUCAGCAGACACCGCUUCCAUCGUACCCACUUCACCUAUACAAAAAGCAGAGGGCACACAGGAUACUCUGGAUUCCACCUCGGGUCCUAAAAUCCCAACAGGUCCCUUCUUCCCAGUUCUGAGCAAAGAUGAGAGCACCACCCUGCAGUGGCCCUCUGAGCUCCUCGAAUUUACAAAAGCUCAGCCUUCCCUGUCUUACAGCUGUAAUCCCCUCUACUUUGACUUCAAGCUGUCCCGCAACAAAGGGGUGCGUGGUGGGAAAGCAGUAAAGUCCCCUAAGACUUGUGAAGAGUCUGAUGGCAAAGGACAAGAGAUGGCUACCUCAACAGCUGAAGUAGAUACUACCACUAAACCCGGGACCAGCACUGACAAAGACAAGCUAAUGACGAAGGGUGAGACUGGUCAAUCACAAGGUGAUGAGCAAAAGGCUGUGACAGGCAGCAGUAGUGCCAAGAAAAAAAAGAAAAAGAAGAAGCAUAAGAAGUCCGCCAAGCAUUCAAAACGCAAAGGAAAAGAAAAGGCAGCCAAAGAAGAUGCAGAGGGAGAGACUGAGGUAACGCAAGAGAAGCCCAAAAAGAAGAAAAAACACAAACGGAAGAAGAGCAAAAACAAGGCUCCAGAUCAAGAUGAGGCAACAGGUGAUGAAAAGGAAAAAGCAAAACCGAAGUCAGAAGAAAAAACUGUUGCCUCCUCUGUUCAGCUGACAACUGGAGGAGGAGUGGCUACAGGAAAUACAGGAGCAGAACUGGGGAAGAGGAAACGUGCUACAAAGGAAGUGCCUUGCAGGUCUGGAGCAGAGGAAGGAGCUACCGGAAAAGGCACAGACAAGGCCAACUCCUCAGAGGAGCACAGUGGCACCAAGCGACAAAAGACUGACUCCAGUGCACCUCAAAGUGCCUCCUGCUCCACUUCAGCCCAAAAGAGUCCUGGUCCUGGUAGGCCUCCCAGUAGCGAGAGUGAAGAAGAAGGGGGCUCUAAUGCUCAGCGUUCACGUCAUCAUAGGUCAAGUCCUCGGGAACAACGCCGUCACCAUAGUGAGGAAUCAAGGCGGUCCUGCAGCCGUUCUUCAAGGCGGGGGGAAAGGCGGGGCAGCAGUCGUCGGCGCCAUCGGGGCCAAACCUCCCGAAGUCACUCUUACUCCAGCAGCUCUGAGCGCUCCUCAGCAGGCAGCAGCGCCUACAGCCACCGUAGCCGCAGCUACUCAGACAGCUACAGUGACUACAGCACCGCAGGUCGCAGACGGAGGCACUCCAAACGCUCGUCAGACUCGGAGUAUGAGCGGAGGGGAAGCCGAGGACAUAGACGAUCUAGGAGACAUCAGUACUCCUCUUCGUCCUCAGAAGACUCCCGCUCGCGGUCACGCAGCUACAGCCGCAGGAAGAGGCACCGUCGGCACCAUCGGAGCAGCUCAAGGAGCUCCAGUAGCUGGAGCCGCAGCACCAGCGCAAGAUCCUGGAGACGCAGCUACAGCCGCAGCCACAGCUCUGCCAGCCGCACCUCCAGUUCCACCAAAGGCUCCCCACGCCGGCGAGUUCCCAGGGGACGAGGGGACAGUGACGCACAACGCAGAGACUUCAACCGCUCUCGCAUCUACCGCUCUCAGUCUCCACGAUCAUCGUCAUCUCGAGGCCUUAACCGCAACAGCCAUUCAUCCAGCUCGCAGGCUCUGAGGCCAGGAGGGUCCCGAGAUGCAGGGGACCAGAAAAACACCCUUACUGCACGCCAGCUGUUGGAGAAGGUUCAGUCUAAAAAAAGCACUGAUGAUUCUGCCACAGGAACAAAAUCUGGGAUUAAGAUUAAGGACCCGCCACAAGGCUAUUUUGGUCCCAAACUACCCCCUACCCUGGGAAACAAAGCCAUGCUGCCGCUGUUUGGUAAGCUGCAGGCAGGGAAGAAACCCCUGAUUCCCCUUACCAGACCUGAUGAGGGUGAGAAAUCAGGACCAGGGAAAGGCUCUGAGGCUGAGAGGGAGGUUAUCCUGGUAGAGCCUAUAAGGGAGUUCCCUCCUCCACCACCACCUCCAGCUCCACUGGUCCAGAAGAUUGAGGAGGCCCCACAGAGCACAGCGGUGCAAGAGGAGACACAGCACCCUACUACAGAAGUCCUGGUGCACCAAGAACCCAGGCCAUUGUUUGAACAGGAGCCUUCCAUGAUGAUACCCCAGUACCAAGGAGAAUCUGGGCAGGACCCCUCUCAGAAUCCCAUGUUGGAGUCCCUCAUGCCAGAAAUGCAGCAGCAGCAGCCACCAAUGCAUGCCUACCCAUCUUAUCCACCACCCAACCUGGAGGAGGAUGGCAUGGAGGCAGAGGAGGAUGGACUGGCUCCUUUAGAGAGUCAGCCCAUUACAUUCACACCAGAGGAGAUGGAGAAAUACAGCAAGCUGCAACAGGCUGCACAGCAACACAUCCAACAGCAGCUUAUGGCCAAGCAGGUGAAGACGUUUCCCUCUGCUGCUGCGGCCGCAGCCGCAGCUGCUGCAGCCGCAGCCAACAUGGCCCCGGCUCCCCCUCCCCCAACCCUGCAGCAGAUCCACAUUCAGCAGCCCACUGUGUCUGUAGCCUCCGGCACGUCAAUCACCACAGUGCAGCACGCCAUCCUGCAGCACCAUGCUGCCACUGCUGCAGCCAUGGGCAUCCACCCAGCGCAUGCCCACCACCCACAUCCUGCACAUGCCCAGUUGGCCCAGGUACACCACAUUCCCCAGCACCACCUUACCCCCAUCUCCUUGUCUCAAUUUGGCCACUCCCUUGGUCAUUCUCUGGGACACUCACUCGGACAUGCUGGGUUGAUUCCUGCCCACCAUACGGCCUUUCUCUCUGGUCAGCCUAUACAUAUUAUCCCAGCUUCUGCACUUCACCACACCCCCUUAGCUCUCCACCAUGUACCACAUACAGCCCUGUACCCCACACUUUUCACACCCCGGCCCUCACAGGCCGCUGCAGCAGCAGCUCUCCAACUCCACCCACUGCUACACCCAAUCUUCUCAGGGCAGGACCUCCAGCACCCACCUAAUCAUGGCUCUUGAAUAAAAAUGCAAGUGAAGGAGUGUAGUCCCAGCACCCAACUACUAGAGGAAAGACUUAACCUAACCGGCUUGGUUUUGGGUUUUAAGAUAAAGUCUUUGCGACAACAGGCAGGCAGUGAGACAGGAAGCUGUCAUUAAACCACCAUAUUACUGACCUACACAGUGCAGUAAGUUGUAGCCACAAAGUGGUGCUGCUUGUGUCGGGUUCAGAAUUGACACUGACAUUUUCUUCUGGCUUAUGUUUUUUUUUUUCCUCCAUGUUUUGCCCUGAAUUUUUAAAACAGUGUAGAUUUACCGAGACUUCCUCAAGACAUUGGUUUAUGUACCAGCUGGGUGUAUAUUAACACCACCCCUUUUUGAAUGAUAAUUCAAAGAAACCACUGGAUGUGUUUUUGUUUCCCAUAUAAAAUAAUUUUCUCACAGGUUUUGCUCACUUUGGCAGCCAAAGAGAGAUGUAAUGGCUGAAACUAUAAGCAGAAUCAUGUUAGGAUGAUGAGAAAGUGGGGUUCUAGAGAGGAACAGCUCCAGUUCUGUAAUGUAACUUUCAGAGACAGUUUAGUUCUGUUCAGUACUAUUUAUCUUGUCAUAUGACUACUUGCUCUCUAUUGGAUCCUUGGUCUCAAAUAAUUUGUAAUGCAGUAACUUGUACAUAUAUCAGUGUGUUAUGUGAAGAAUCCCAUCAGUGAUGACCAUAUGAAAUUACAGCUGUGGUGUCCAAAUAGAAAUAACAUUGUCACAUAGGAACCUCCCUCUCUAAGCGAGGGGAAAUGUGAUGUAGGGGUUUUAACAUCCCUGAUGCUCUGAGGCAAAGCUCAUGUUCCCUGUGGUGAGGGAACACCUGAAUAAAUUGCACUGAAAUCUGUACAUCGAGAUGGUGCGUUUGCAUCAUGUAACAAGAUUGUAGUAUACUGCAAUAAUUGUAUUUUUCUGUUUUUAAAUUAUUUUCCAAAAUGUUCUUCAGAAGAAGGGCUGUGUUUUGCUUUUGUGUAAUUUUGUAAAUAAAACUGCUGUAGAUUAACCUAUUAACAUUCUAGAGGUUUGAGACUGGCAUUGGGGAAAAAAUUAAUGACAAGAUGGGUAAAAGAUGGUCACGUACGUAUUUUAUCAAGGUUGUUUCUAAAGGACCCCUGCUAAAAUAAGCUGGGAUGGCAAAGUAUAGUGACCUGUCAAACAGUAGCAACUCUGUAUUUUUUAAAAACUUAACGUUUCAGCAAAUAAAAUCUUGAGUUCA